AGGCUCAAGAUCAGAAGAUGCCUCUCACACCACCUGAAAGCCUCUAUUGAGGCGCCUUUUUCUUCAUGAAAGAAAAGUGGAAUCCCAAAGAAAGAGAGAGGCCUGAACGGCCUAACUGUGCCGCCUGGACUCAAGUGAAGUUCAAAGCACUGGGCCGGCCAACCUGCUUGCGCAACGUCGCGGAACGGCGCACGCCAGGAUGCCGUUAUAGCGUUUGGGGCACCUGCGACCGCCGAAGGUGUGUGGUCGCCUUGGGAUCGGAGGACCUGCGCGUUUACGUCGCGGAUCACAAGCCCCCCAUCGUCUUCGACUUGCAGCGUUUGAAGGUGAGACGAGGACAAAGGCACCUGGAAUUGAGCCGAACCACUUGGGCGCAGCAAGUCUUUCAGCGACUGUGCUGUUGUCAGCCCUUCGCUUGCACGGUCACGUUGCGUGUGGACCAGGUGGACGACCUUUGCGCGUUUCUCUUUCCAGAGUCCAACAUUGACACAUCUUCCAGCCGAGUGCCAUUGGCCGUGUUUCCACCAGAGGUCUUGCAUGUGAUCACAGAGUCCUGGUUAACAUCGGAUCAGGCGAUGCCUUGUUUUCUAUGGUUAAAUCCCCAAAUCGUUUUAUUCCCAGGUCUCCCGGACAGCAAAUCCAAGGAGUUUCUGAUCUUGCCUACCAUUCAUGACGUCAUGCGCUGCAGCAUCAAACUGCGGGAAAUGUUGACCUCCGAUGCCUUUUGGCAGCACUUCUAUAUCAAACAUGUUCCACCGCAGGUGCGCCGUCAGGUGGAGGAAUUUGAAGAUAUUGAUGGUUGUUCCGUCUUCGAUCGGGUGGCCAUUGCAAAGCUUCGCUUCUGCCAUGUGUGCCAUGCCCGCAGACAUCUUCCAGGGAUUUGUGGAUGUGGAGCCAAGCAGAGAUUCAACAAGUUUGUGCACUUUGAUAUGCGAGCAGCCGAGAAGCUCCGAUUGGGUUUGCAUAGACUAGGCACUCACCUGAUGAUCAAAGGAUUUGACUUGCAGUCUGCCUUCUUAUGCUUCUCCACCCGCUAUCACGGCACCUCCCUCGCCAGCAUGCUGCGGCAGACCGCGGCCAAGGGCCGGAUGCACCUCUUGGUGUGCGAGAGCUUCACCGGAGAGGUCUUUGGAGCGCUCCUGAGGUUUCCUUUGAAGCGGCGAUCCUCACAGCUCUAUGGUUCAUGUGACCGACUCAUGCUUUUCAACAUGAACAAGGAGGAGCUUCGCACUUUUGAAGGAGGUGAGAAGUUCCCCGUGAUCCGCUCCAUUCCUGAUGCUUUAUCCAUUGGCACCUCGAGCGAAGCAGCUUUGGCUUUGAACUGGGAUUUGAGCAUUGCAACCUGUGAACCAUCCAUUCUUUGUCAGGGCACUCGUUUGUGUGGCUCUUGCUCAUUGAGAUCUGUGGUGACUUUCUCGGAUGUGUGCCCGGACAGCGUCGACCGGCGGAUCUCCCACCUGAAGGCCAACUGGGGAAGUCAUCCAGAUGUCCAGCGCAACGUGGCGCGACAACUCUUGCAGCUUUCGGGCCAGCAAGACCUACGGCAUUACUUCUCCUGAUUCGAGAACCAGCUGGAUGGAAGCAAGACAUCGCACGGAAUUGGAGAUGGCGCUGCAAUGAUUGGCGCUCUCGGCGUGUGAAUCGAAAUGUUUUACGUUGAGGCUCCAAUGCUCUGAGCCUGUGCUGGAAUCUAUGUUUGAGCCUAAGGCAUUUUGCGGGCCAAACUGUACAUAAGGUCUUGACCAGCACCAGCUAGAGCAAUCGCAUGACGGACAGCCUGCAAUUAUAGCAACGCUUCGAAAA